AUGGCUAUUAAGAUCCCAACGGUGCAGCGAAUCGACCGAUGCGAUGUGGGCGGUAUCCUUCAUGCCAUUACCCAAGAUGGAUGUUGUAUCGUGAAGAACUUCACAGAUGCAGCUACAGUUGCACAGGUCAAUGCUGAGACGCGGCCCUACCUUGAAGCCGACGUUCCUUGGAAGGGGGACUUGUUUCCGCCAGAAACUCGGCGGUGUUCAAACCUGGCUGGGCGCAGCAGAACCGUACGAGAGAAAUGGCUGGUCGACCCCUUGAUUCGGGCCUGUAAUGCCAAAUUCGUGGACAAGACCACCUCCAACUUCUAUGGUGAGACCAAGCACACAUACACCAGCGAGGCUGUCUGCUCCAUCGCAGUCACGUUCGACAUUGGACCGGGUGGGAAGGCACAGCGUCUGCAUCGUGACGACAAAAACUACCACGUCCACCACCCGGACCAGACACAGACAGGCUACCAGAUCGGUACCGAUGUGGAAAUGGCUUUCUUGGUCGCAGGGGUCAAGACCACCAUCGAGAACGGGGCCACUCUGGCCAUUCCGGGAAGCCAUCUCUGGGGAUCUGACCGGGCUCCAAAGGUGGAGGAAGCUACCUAUGCUGAAAUGGAAGCCGGCGACUGUUGGAUCAUGCUCGGUGGCCUUUACCACGCGGGAGGAGCGAAUAUAACUAACAAUGAGAGGCGAAUUGUCCACGGGCUCUUCUUUACCAGAGGCUUCUUGCGGCAGGAGGAGAAUAUCUAUCUGGCAAACUCAGCUGAUGACGUUCUAUCUUGGAGUGACGCCGCCCAAAAAGCGCUGGGUUAUACUCUGUCCAGUCCCAAUAUUGGUUUCGUCGAGUUCAAGACUCCUCUACAAUAUUUGCACGGUGUGCCAGCUGACGCCUUGGGUGACUUUGAUCCUUCUCAAGAGAAACGAAAUUAG